CCUAAUCAUUCUAAGAGGAGUGAGGAAGGACAGAGACUUUCGUUUUCGUGUCAUGGAAAUUUCGACAGCUUGUCACCAAGGGUCAUUCUGUGAUUGUAGGGGUUGGGUGCGGCACCGUUUUCGUUCUUUGUUUUUUCCUGUUUCACAUCCGGUUCAAACAUGAACUGUAACCACUUAAACAAAUCCUUGUCAAACUGGCUGAAACUGAAAGGUUUUCAUUCUAUUAUACCAAAAAAAGACUGGGUUUUUUCCCCUGGUCGGCAAAUUAUAUUUCAACUGAGAUGCAUGCAAUAUAAAUCAACUUUCGCACGUUGUGUUCGCAUUCACUGAGUUAACGUCUUCCUGCAGACAAAGCAGUUUCGUCUGAAUCCUUAAUUUGGCUGUCUUCUCAGAUAACAUGAACACCGUCCUCCCCAGUUUACAAGGACUAUUUAAAAGGUCUCGUCGAUCUCUGAUGUACGGUUCAAUAGCAGCUCUAACGAUUGGUCUUGAGGGGUUCUUUGAAAGCAUCGUGUUUAGCUGUCCUUGUGAAGGGCACUACGCUUACGGACUGGCCUUCUUGUGGGCGCCGGCCGUUCUUCUGUUUUUUAUUGGAAUAUUGGUGGAUAGAGAUUUAUGGGGCUAUCCGAGAAGGAAUUCUGUCGCAAAAAAGAAGACGAAGACUUUCACCCACCGUUAUUUCAAAGCGUUCUUAACGAUACUUGACGUAUUGGUGCGAGCAUCCAUCGCUCCGUUCGCUUGGCUAGUUUUGUCCUUCCUACAGCACCAGUACUACACAUGCGCUUAUUUCGGUCCUUCUCUGACCAGUGAAGUCACUGCGAAUAACACAAUUGAAAAAUGCUCUUCUACACUCGGCUUACGCACCAGGUUGCAAGAGGAGAACUACAAAACCCGUAGUCAAAUAGCCGGAUGGUCUCUGACGUUGGUAGCCAUGUCUGUUCUCUUUCCCGCAAUCUUUGUUCGCCGAUGCCUUCAGAAAGGAAGACAUCUUAAAAUACCCAGUCUUAAUUAUUAUCACCAUGUUGAAGCCAAGGAAGCUUUGGAGCAUUACCAUAAUGAAGCGAAAGAACUUGCCAAACAAAAAGCCAAGAAGGAGAUAGACGAGUUGUUUAACAAGACAAAAAGGGAAGAAUUAAACUCACGCCUUCAAAACAUUGCUAAAGGAAUUCAAGAUAAAUAUGAGUGUUACUUUGCCAUACCACCAGAGAGUCUCUCUUACACCUCUCCCUCGAUUGCACUAGACGACCCUCCUCAAUUUUCUCCACGUCCCUCCCCUGCUGUGGACCCCAGCCUUCUAUCAGAUGGAUCUGAAGCGAAAAACGAAGAAGAAAAACAGGGUCUGUUGUCUGCUACCAACACACCGUGUUUAUCCCCCACUUGUAAGGUGGCGUAUGUAAGUUACAAAGGACAAACGAAGCCAGUGUUCAACAGACAAACCUUCAGCGAUAGAAGCCGGAAGGAAACAUAGAGUCCUUCGAAUCCGUUCUUUGGAAAGUCACUCAACUCUUGGGGGAGAGGAAAGGGAACGUUGCGUGACAUUCCUCCCUACGAGGGAGGAUAAGAGUAAACAUUGUCACCCAUAAUCCAUUUCUCUUCCGGAUGAUGCAAUCGAUGACUCGAAACUUUCAUGAACAACAGUUAACCGCUAAAUUCCGAGAAUCUAAUUUCAAUAGUGUAAUACGCCUGUAAAUAGCUACAGAACUGAUGGAAUGCACGGAAAGUGAAAGAAAGAUACUCGACCGAAAGCUGUCGACAUUUUUAAAUUGUAACGACAACAGACCCGAGAUAAACGUCUUUAAAAUUGAUCCUAAGGCAAAAUGGAAAAAUUCAAAAAAAUUCUUCAUUUUCCUUUCCAUUCAUCUUUGAAUAAGUAUAUUUAGCGAUAGUUCUAAAAAAUCAUGUAGUGUACAAAGGUAUGAUGUUGUUCUAUAACUCUCUUACCUCUUUACUUUCAACUCUCCGUAAUGUUUACCAUGCAUUUACUGUAUUUUAAGUUGUAAGAAUUUGGUUUUAAACCAAGCAAUAUUCCCAAGUUAGUAUUUUUUCUUUCAUGUUGAAAGAAUGAAAGGAUAAAUUUCCUUUUGUUAACUCCGAAGAGUUAAGCUUCAAGGGAUUACGUAAGUAAUGAAACAGAAUUUAAUUCGCUCUUUAUUAACUAUUCAGGAAAAGUUGUACUAUUUACAUCCUACAGUCAGGGUUUACACUUCGUUAAUGAACCUAAAUAUUGUAAUAAAUUUCUUUUGCGUUCA